CACUCCUACCUCCAUCUGCCCUCGGCAGCUUAUCGUCAAUGUGCCCAUCUCGCCUCCUGCCCAGCAGCACUACUCAGAGACCAGGACACUCCAGAGACCCAAAGACAUCAUGCUCCCAGGUCCUGUCUUUUCUCUUUGUAUUUCCCAUUCUGCAUAAUGAUUCAGGAGCCUAAGGACCGUCCACAAGACUUAACUAUGGCUAUUUUCAUUAUUUUUUCCCUGUGUAGUGUGCUGGUGACAGGCUUGGGUGAAGGUGGGAGUGAGAAGGGAGUGGAAAGGGAAGGUGAACCCGGCGAGCCUCCCCGCUGUCCCCUCAUGUCCCACAGUGCCCAGCCCUGGACACACCCCAGCCAGAGCCAGCUGUUUGCAGACCUGAGCCGAGACGAGCUGACAGCUGUGAUGAGCUUCCUGACCCAGCAGCUAGGGCCAGACCUGGUGGAUGCAGCCCAGGCCCGCCCCUCGGACAACUGCAUCUUCUCGGUGGAGCUGCACCUGCCCCCCAAGGCCGCCGCCCUGGCCCACCUGGACAGGGGGAGCCCCCCACCUGCCCGGGAGGCACUGGCCAUCGUCUUCUUCGGUGGACAGCCUCAGCCCAACGUGAGUGAGCUGGUGGUGGGGCCGCUGCCACGGCCCUCCUACCUGCGGGAUGUGACGGUGGAGCGUUACGGGGGCCCCCUGCCCUACCACCGCCGCCCCGUGUUGCUCCGAGAGUACCUGGACAUAGACCGGCUGAUCUUCGACAGAGAGCUGCCCCAGGCUGCCGGCCUCCUCCACCACUGCUGCUUCUACCAACGCCAAGGACAGAACCUUGUGACGAUGAACACGGCUCCCCGAGGUCUACAGUCAGGGGACCGGGCCACCUGGUUUGGUCUCUACUACAACAUCUCGGGGGCUGGCUUUUUCCUGCACCCCGUGGGGUUGGAGUUGCUGGUAGACCACAAGGCUCUGGACCCUGCCCGCUGGACCAUCCAGAAGGUGUUCUUUCAAGGUCGCUACUAUGAGAGUUUGGCCCAGCUGGAGGACCAGUUUGAGACUGGCCUGGUGAAUGUGGUGCUGGUCCCAGACAAUGGCACAGGUGGAUCCUGGUCCCUCAAGCCCCAGGGGCCCCCCGGCCCGCCGCCUCCUCUGCAGUUCUAUCCCCAGGGCCCCCGCUUCGGUGUCCAGGGGAGUCGAGUGACCUCCUCAUUGUGGACUUUCUCCUUUGGCCUUGGAGCUUUCAGUGGCCCCAGGAUCUUUGACAUUCGCUUCCGGGGAGAACGACUAGCUUAUGAGAUCAGCCUCCAGGAGGCCUUGGCUGUCUAUGGUGGAAAUUCUCCUUCUGCUCUGCGAAGCCGGUACACAGAUGGUGGAUUUGGCUUGGGUCACUUCUCUUCAACCCUGACCCGGGGGGUGGACUGCCCCUAUGGGGCUACCUACGUGGACUGGCACUUCCUUCUGGAAUCACACACCCCCAAGACAAUACGCGAUGCCAUUUGUGUGUUUGAACAGAACCAGGGCCUCCCUCUGAGGCGACAUCACUCAGAUAUCCACUCCCACUAUUUUGGGGGCCUUGCAGAGACAGUGCUGGUGGUCAGAUCUGUGUCGACCAUGCUCAACUAUGACUACGUGUGGGAUAUGGUCUUCCACCCCAACGGGGCCAUAGAGGUCCGACUCCACGCCACCGGCUACAUCAGCUCAACCUUCCUCUUUGGUGCCGCCCAAAGGUAUGGGAACCGGGUUGGGGAGCACACGCUGGGCACGGUCCACACCCACAGCGCCCACUUCAAGGUGGAUCUGGAUGUAGGAGGACUGGAGAACUGGGUCUGGGCUGAGGACAUGACCUAUGUCCCCACGGCAGUCCCCUGGAGCCCCGAGCACCAGGUGCAGAGGCUGCAGGUGACCCGGAAGCUGCUGGAGACCGAGGAGCAGGCCUCCUUCCCCCUGGGAGGCGUCCCGCCCCGCUACAUGUACCUGGCCAGCAACCACAGCAACAAGUGGGGUCACCCGCGGGGCUACCGUGUCCAGGUGCUCAGCUUUGCAGGGGAGCCGCUGCCCCAGAACAGCUCCUUGGAGAGAGCCUUCAGCUGGGGGAGGUACCAGCUGGCCGUGACCCAGCGGAAGGAAGAGGAGCGCGGCAGCACCAGCAUCUACAAUUUGAACGACCCUUGGUCUCCCACCGUGGACUUCGCUGACUUCAUCAACAACGAGACCAUCGCAGGGAAGGACCUGGUGGCCUGGGUGACAGCUGGUUUCCUGCACAUCCCACACGCGGAAGACGUUCCCAACACGGUGACUGUGGGGAACGGUGUGGGCUUCUUCCUCCGACCCUACAACUUCUUUGACCAGGACCCCUCCUUCGAGUCUGCGGAUUCUGUCUAUUUCCAGGGGGACCAGGAUGCUGGGGCCUGCGAGGUCAACCCCCUGGCUUGCCUUCCCCAGGCUGCUGCCUGUGCCCCAGACCUCCCCGCCUUCUCCCACGGGGGCUUCUCUCACAACUAAGGGGUCCCCGGGAUGGGGAAUGUGCCAGGGACCCCAGGGCCAGGCUGUGGGGAGAGGAGCAGUGGGUGCUGGGCCAGGGGGCCUGAUGCCCUCUUUUCCUUCCUUCCACCUGGAAGCUCCCCGCCUCCCCUUCCCCUCAGGCCCCCUCUCUAUGGCCCUCCCUGACACCCCCUCCCUGCUGGGAGCAUCCUGAGCCUGUGAUGCCUGGCA